AAAAUUCAUUAAAAAAUAUUUGCAUUAAAUUUCCAAUCCACUCCUCAACUCCUACAAACAAAACACUAGAAAAAAUUAAAUAUGGCGUCGAUAGGAGAUCAUAGACGUCAAAUCUGUCAAGUGUCAAUACAGUCGAAAUAGUUGGGAUGCUCUCCAGAACAGAAGCAGGGAAUCUCCGAAACAUGGGGCAAAAAAUCAAAGGGUGAUUGUUUGGACCAUUCUAAGACUCGAUGAUUUUCGGAAUAGCGCAUCGUUUCCUGGACAUAAGCUCCUAAGCGACGCCACUGGAAAUCAUUUUUUUGAUAUAAGCGUAUAAAUAUCCUGACGCUGAAUAUUUUUUCCGAGCAUGAUCGGCGAUAACCAUGUUUGAGCGGGUUUGCUUUGUGUUUUUUGCUCCGAGCUUCACCGCCACCCGCCACUGGACCGAUUUUCAAAUAGCAAAAAUUUUAUCAGGAUCCAAGCGGAACUUUCCCAAGUUAUAAGCAGACAGACCGACAGAAAUGAGUGAUAUGUUUUUUCGGGAUGUACAAGCCAUAUAACAUCCAAAAAACAUCUCACUUCCUAAAUUUUUGCGGUAAUGUGAUGUUAAAAUUCGUGUACGUGUGACCAUAUCACCAAACCGCAAGUAAAAUUAGGCCCUAAUUUCGAAAACAGCGAAGUGAAUAUGUUUAAUCGGAUUAACUUAUAAAAGCAGGCGAUUUAAAUUGGUACUAUCAAGUCACGUAUCGAAUCCUUCAUCCGAUCACCGUGAAUGUUCGUUUGAAGCUAUCGAAUGGUCGAUAUUGCACUGAAGUAUUCCCAUCACCAUGUUGUCUUGUGACAUCUCCAAUUUUGACAUUUAACUAUCAAAGUCAACAUGAAAAAUAUUUUUGUAUAAUCAAUUUGGUUAGGUAUAUUUUUUCGGCAUAAAAAUAUGAAACUUUAAAGUCAAAAUUCUAGUGUUAUUAACCAAAAUGCCUGUGAGCAGAUUAGACGUUAUAUACAGAAAGAUUCUGUUGACCAAAUUAUUUACAAAAGGCUGGGGCUCACCAGAGAACUUACAAAGACUGUUUGACAUUCGUCAAGUGAUUUCGAAUAGAGAAACAUGUUACAAACUAGUGCCAAAAGACUAUCCAAUUUCUAUAAUAAACAAAACAGUGCAUUCUGACUGUCGAAUAAUUGAGGGAAAAUUUACAAGCCCUUUUGCAGUCCAUUUGCAUGGUUUGGUGCCAGAUGAAGUGAAAGAAUCCUACUUUCAAAUGGUGUUACCCCUCAAGUGGCCAAGCGCACAUAAGCCUAUAUGUAUCCACCUGGCUGGGACAGGUGAUCAUUAUUUUUGGAGGAGGAGGAAUGUAAUGGCAAAACCUCUGCUCAAAGCCGGAAUAGGUGCUAUAAUUUUAGAAAACCCUUAUUAUGGGAUAAGGAAGCCAACUGAUCAAACACGCUCAAGUGUUCACUAUGUUACUGAUAUAUUUGUGAUGGGAGGCUGUUUGAUAUUAGAAUGUAUAGUUUUAUUGAAUUGGUGUGAACAAGUCGGAUUUGGGCCUCUAGGAGUGACUGGUAUUUCUAUGGGUGGCCAUAUGGCUUCUUUGGCUGCAUCCAAUUGGCCUAAACCAUUAGUGCUAGUCCCUUGCUUAUCCUGGUCCACAGCAUCAUCAGUUUUUACUGAGGGCGUGAUGAGCGAAUCUAUAGACUGGGAUAUGUUGCAAAAACAAUAUUUGUCGAAUAAAAUGUACUGUGAGGAACUCUCAAAAUCAUGUAAAAUAGUUGAUGACCCUUUUGCAUGUGAACUUGGCCGAACACCAGAUAUUGCAUUUGAGACAAUCGAGGAUGUAACGGCACCGAAUGUGACACCUCAUCAGCUGAUCACCUUUAUAAAUGACAUAUCGAAUUGUCCCGAGAUAGAAUAUAAACCUUCUAGUCAUACGAAAAAAUUAUUUUCGUCCACACAUCCGUCAAUAAUAAAUUUGUUCAAACAAGUACAUCCAGUUUUACUUCCAACCAAAAGGGUUAUUGACAUGAAGAAAAGAGCAAGAGAAGCAUUGUGGUUUAUGAGAGGAAUGAUGGAUGAAUGCACCCAUUUGAAAAACUUUACCGUGCCAUUUGACACCUCGCUCAUAAUAUCUAUUUGUGCAAAGGCUGAUGGAUAUGUUCCUAGAGUAGGUGUAUCGAAAAUUGAAGAUAUUUGGCCUGGGGCAACUGUCAAAUAUGUCGAAUGUGGACAUGUUGGAGCAUACCUUUGUUCUCAUGCCAUAGACGUGACAAAUACAGGGUGUCCCAUUUUAAUAGUCCCACCUGAAUUAAGUAGAAAAAAGAAAAAAGUUUCAAACAAAAAUUAUUGGAGUUAGACGGGACAAAAUGAUGGUGACUGGCGUCGCGUGAGUUUUUAGGGCAAAUGUAGCAUAAAAUUACUGGUGUUGGAAGAGUAUAGAUAUACUGCCUCUACAGAAGCUUCUUUGAAAAUGAUCAGGAGCCUCUGAAAUAAUUUUAGCGAUUUUUUUAUGUGUCUUUGCUCCUAACUCCGCCGUCACUGGACCGAAUUUCAAAAACUGUAAAGCUUUUUGGCCCUCAACGUCGUAGUAACCUUGUGUGAACAUUUCAUCCAAAUUCAAGCAGUACUUUCCAACUUAUAGGUGGUCCCAGACCGACCGACGGAAAUGACAUGGUUAUUCGUAAUUCCGAAGUUUUCCUUUGGAAAUUUUAACUUGACAGGGACACCGUGAAUAUUGAUCUCAAAAAUGGUGGAAAUGAGAUUUUGUUUUUUAUGCAUUUUGUAGUCAAUAUAACGUCUCUUCGUAAGCACCAUCCCGGAACAUAUGUAUAUUUUCUAAUUUUAAUGAGUAAGACUGUACGAAUCCCUUUUUUCAGAGAGUCUAUAAUCGAGGCAUUCAACAAAGCAAAGCGGAAAAUACCCCCACCUUCACCGUGCCAUCACG